AUGGAACUAGAAGAAGCGGAGUCGAAGGGAAAUGCGCAACAUCAGGAAACAGAAAUACAAAAUGAAGAUACUCAUUCCCAAUGUGUGGAUGAGACAGGAGAGGAAUUAGAAUUAGAUGAGGAAGAAAAAUACACCAUAGAAAUGAUAAAAAAGAAAUUGGAAAUGUCUGAGAAUUUGUAA